CUCCCUUUAUUUUCUUUUGUCUCUCUGAUAACUGAUAAGCCAACUUUUUAAGCUGUAACAAGGCAGGCACGGUCUCUCAGGCAAAAAGAAUGGGUUGCAAGCCAUCUGACAAGCCAAAAGCCAAGCACAGGAAGGGCUUAUGGUCACCUGAAGAAGACCUGAAGCUCAGAAACUAUGUCCUCAAACAUGGCCAUGGUUGCUGGAGCUCUGUUCCCAUCAAUGCAGGUUUGCAGAGGAAUGGGAAGAGCUGCAGAUUAAGGUGGAUUAAUUACUUGAGACCAGGAUUAAAGAGAGGGAUGUUUACGCCACAAGAGGAGGAGACAAUCCUGACCCUUCAUCAUAUGUUAGGCAACAAGUGGUCCCAAAUUGCACAACAUUUGCCCGGAAGAACAGACAAUGAGAUCAAGAACUACUGGCAUUCCUAUCUCAAGAAGAAAGUGGCAAAAGUUGAAGAAUCCGAAGCUAAGACCAGAACUCACAAUACCACCUCAAGCUCAGAAAACACAGAAUCUACUGUGUCUCCCCAAACCGUAAUAGGCCAAAUGCCAAGCUAUGACUCCUUGCAGCACAUUGAGAAAUCAUCGAUAGAUAUUGAUCAAGCUUUUCCACAGCAUUUUGACUUUCCUAGAGAGCCUCAAAGGAGCUUCUUGCCAAAGCUAUUAUUUGCAGAGUGGCUAUCGCUAGAUCAAGAAGGUGGGAGCUUCGCAAAUUCAGGUAAGCCGGUGACUUCCUCAGAUGGCUUUAAUCAAGGUUCAAGUUCAAACUUCCAAGAUCCCUUCAUAAAUGGAUAUUCGCUAAAUGAGGGAGUAUUUGGCAGUGAUCUUCAUGAUGGACUAAGCAAUUCAUCAAUAAAUGAAAUAUUUGGCUCGCAAUUCAAGUUCGAAGCCCAGAUUUCAGGAAAUGAGUUCGUCGGUUCUGUAUCCGGGGAAGACAUAUGUAGUGAUUUCAAUAUUAAUAAUGAUGUAAUGUACAUAUAAGGGCAGCUUUCCAUGGCAACUUUCAAGGGAGAAUAACUUCUAAUUAUCCUUACAAUUAAUAUAUCGGCACAUGUUAGCAGAAACCUGGAAUAAGCUACUUUACCUUCCAAUAUAGAGACACACCAAAUAGGCUACAAGGAGCCUCAGAGUUUAAUUAGUUGUUAUUCUUCCAUGAAGUUGUUCUUGGAGUACCCCUUGGUUGUGUCUAAGUACAGAGGAGAAAAAGAUUGUAUCUUCAUAUUGCUUCUUUAUUAACAGAAAAGGUUAUAUAU